ACCACAAAACAAACUGAUUUAAUAUUUCACAAAAAAGAGAGAAAUCUUUAACAUCGCAUUUAGACAAUUUCCAUAUGAUGUUCAGCAUAAUGUGUGAAAAACUAAUCUUGCCUGUGGAGCUUAGGAUCUUUUUGAAAUACUUUGUUUCACUUUUCUAAACAUUUUCAUAUCUCAUGCAUGAUUCAACCAAUGUGGUUUCCUGAAAAAAAUCCCCACCAUGAACGUUAUAAAACAGGAAGUGUCUAGACCAUGUGCAGCGUAUUUCUGUUUGUCUAAGAGCUGAACACCGGCACCAAGAGGAGAAAUUCUCCUCAGCCCUGCCAACGAAUAAUGGACCCAACAUCUUGUCCUAAAGUCGACUUUACCUUUCCACUGAAUUUCCUGCCUCCUGUCUUCAUCUUGGUGUUCGUUUUUGGACUCAUAGCGAACGGAUGUGGACUUGCCUCUUUGUGGCGCAACUGGAGGAAACUGGGGAACGUCAAUGUCUUCAUCCUCAACCUGGGAAUUGCAGAUAUUUUGUAUCUGCUCAUGCUUCCUUUUCUGAUCGCUUACUACCUUAAUGAGAGAAGAUGGAUCUUUGGAGAAGCUUUCUGCAAGGUGACAAGGUUCUGCUUCAAUUUGAAUUUAUACUGCAGCAUCGGGUUUCUCACCUGUAUCAGUGUGUACCGUUACCUGGCCAUCGUCCAUCCGAUGAAAGUGAUGGGGAGAAUAACUGUGACUCAUUCGGUUAUCAUCUCAGCCAUUGUUUGGACUUUAGUGUGUCUUCAAAGCCUACCAGACAUGUUCUUCCCCAAAAACUCAGAAAACAAGACUUUACAAUGUGUUGAUACAACCAUGACUGAGCAUGUUGAUGUUUACCUGCAGUACAGCUUCAUCUGGACAGUCAUUGGAUUCUGCAUCCCGUCUCUCAUCACGGUGGCCUGCUACGGACAUGUGAUCGUCCUCCUCUGCUACAAGGAUAAUGUUGACAAAGUCCUGAAGCAAAGAAGCUUAAAACUAUUAAUCAUCUUGAUUCUUCUCUUCUCCAUCUGCUACAUCCCCUACCAUGUGCUCAAGAACCUCAACCUCUGGUCAAGAGUUCUUUCCAAACAGGGAAUAUGCUACAAAUGGUUUAAUGGAGUCUACAUCGCUCAACGCAUAUGUCGCGGUCUUGUUUGCCUAAACAGCGCUCUCAACCCUCUGGUUUAUCUCCAUGUAGACGAGGAUAUCUCUGCUCAGUUCAGGCAGUUGUGCCAGUGGACUCGGCAAGAUGCAAAUCAGCUCUCUGCAAACAUCCAAACUCUUUCCUCAAGAACAUUCAGGAAUACACAAGCUAAUUCCUGAUGUAGUUAUGGGUUUAAAUUGUACAUAUAUUGUACAUAUAUUUAGCUGUACA